AUGUCCGUCACUCGACAGUCUGCUGCCUACCUGCAGCCUGUGACAAUACGCUAUUGCUUGCUCAGUACUGCCGGGCUGUUCUUCUUGACGAAAAGGUCACAAGUUCUAACCCACCUGUCCAUUCGUGAGCUCCAGUGCUCGGGUACUGCCCCUUGCGAAAACUGUCGCACCUUUCACCGCGUCUGCGUCUUCGAUGAAUCUCUCGAUCAACGCCGGCGAGUCGCUGCGAAACGCACUGCCGACGAAUUAUCCUACCAUCGCGACCUUUUGAACGACAUUUUCAAAUUGGUCCGCGAAGCAGAUGAAGGGAAAGCACUCGAUCUUCUUGAAAUCAUCCGCCAUGAUGCUUCCGCGGACGAGCUCCGCGCAUUCAUCAACGAGACCCUCUCUGACCUGGACACGUCUUCCAGCCGGGGCUCGGUGGAUGCUGCUUCAAAGCUGGAGAGUAUGCGUGACCUGAUUAACGUCGAAGGGACCACCCCGACCUUUCGGCGCAAGGUCAUGGAUAUUCAUUACUUGUGUGAUGAGGCCCCAAUCAAAGUCCCUGCACGACCGUGGACCAAUGUCACUCGGGAUGACGACCUCAUUUCGCAUCUGGUCUCGCUCUACUUUACAUGGGACUAUCCAUUCAACGCGUUUCUCGAUCAAGAAGUGUUCCUAAGGCAUAUGACGAACGCGGAUCUGGCAAGUCAAUUUUGCAGUCCGUUCUUGGUCAACGCUCUCCUGAGCAAUGCUUGUUAUUUUUCGGACCUUUCCGAGGCAUACGUUGUGCCGGGGGACAUUUCUUCCAAGGGAGCUGAUUUCCUGGCCGAGGCCGAGAGGCUGAAGAGGGAGCUGCCUGUACAGCCCAGCCUGACUACACUGCAGGGAUUGUUGCUGCUGUAUGAAAGAUACUCCAUGUCCCGCGAGGAUGAUCUGGGCUACAUGAUGCUCCACGAAGCUAUCCGGAUGGGUGAAACGCUGGGUUUAGUGGGAAACUCGGGCCCUCAAAUCACGUCGGAGCAAUUGUCUCAGGAUAUGGACAUUUCAUGCAGACGUACGGCUUGGGGUUUGUUCAACGUGGAUACAAUGAUUCAUACGAGUUUUCUCCGCCCCAGCCUCAUCAACCACGUCAAUAUGCAACGGGUAGACCGUGAUCAGCUGGUCGACCAAUCCGAAUGGAUGCCAUAUCCAUCUCAUCGCGACACGAGGGCCUCAUACAUGAGUCUCUAUUUUGGUGAAAUGUGUAACCUAUCGAUGAUCUCGCGCGACAUUUCGCGAAACAUGUUUGCAUCUCGUUCGAGCACCUUGGGCCCACAGCACGAGCAGAGUCGCGAUGAGUUGUACCAGAGAUUGCAACGAUGGCAUGAAUCUCUUCCGGAGAUUUUCGAAUGGGAGAAGAUCCCUCCCCACUUGAUGCUUUUGAAAAUGCGCUACAAUGCCCUCAUUAUCAACUUAUACAUAUGUUUCUCUGGAAGUGACAGGUCCACCACGAAUUCGGAUGAGCCCAAGACGCCUGAAAGCCCACCACCUCCCGAUCCCGAUGCCGAACAUGCGUCCAAAUACGACGCCUCAAAGCUUGUUCAGACUGCCGCGCGCCACAUUGCUCAACUGACACGGCUGCACCGUCGCGAGUUUGGCCUCAAUCGCGCCCACCAUUUCGCCAUGUACGCCAUUAAUCUUGCUCUGUUUGUCAUGAUCGAAGAGGAAUCUUUCGACGUGCUCGACAGGGACUUUCUCUCGCUCGUCAGUGCCCUAUCGGUCGUGGCCAAUCGAUCCGCGCUCGGUCGUAACUUGUUUCACCUCUUCCGACAAUCGGUGCGAGCCAAGGCGCAGGGCAGCCGUAUUCGGGACUCGAGCGCGGUCUCGGACGAAUUGAAGGAUCUGCUGGAUGAAGAAGCCGUCUCACAGGGUCACGACCGGUUUGAUGAGUAUGCGCAAGGGCUGGAGAAGCUUAAUGAGGAUAAGAAGUAUCAUGGGAUUCCGGGCCAAACGGAAGGGAGUGGACUACAGGGGUAUUCUGGUCUGGGAUUGUCGGACAUGUUGGACCGGUAUGAGAGUCUGAGUCUGGGCAAGGACGAUGUGUUUUCGGAGAGAAGGAGAAGAAGGAGUCGAGUUGUUGGGUUUGAAUGA